GGCGCGGGGCCGGGCGGGGCGGGGCGGGCGUCCCCCUCAGGCCCGGCCAGUGGAAGGCGCGGGCAGCGGCGGCUCCGAGUGGCCGCGGCGGUGGGCUGUGCCGGAGUCUCCUCCCUUUGGCCGGCCGCAGGCCUGCCACUCGGGUGUCGCCGCCGCCAUGGCCCCUCCGCAGCUCUUCCGCGCACUGGUGUCGGCGCAGUGGGUGGCUGAGGCGCUGCGGGCCCCGCGCGCCGGGCAGCCCCUGCAGCUGCUGGAUGCCUCCUGGUACCUGCCCAAGAUGGGCCGCGACGCGCGCCGCGAGUUCGAGGAGCGCCACAUCCCGGGCGCCGCCUUCUUCGACCUGGACCAGUGCAGCGACCGCACGUCGCCCUACGACCACAUGCUGCCCGGAGAGGCGCAGUUCGCCGAGUACGUGGGCCACCUGGGCGUGGGCGCGGCCACGCACGUCGUGAUCUACGACGCCAGCGACCAGGGCCUCUACUCGGCCCCGCGCGUCUGGUGGAUGUUCCGCGCCUUCGGCCACCACACCGUGUCGCUGCUCGACGGCGGCCUCCGCCACUGGCUAAGCCAGGGCCUCCCGCUCAGCUCCGGCAAAAGCCACCAGGCGCCCGCCGAGUUCCGCGCUGAGCUCGACCCCGCCUUUGUCAAGACGUACGAGGACGUCAAGGAGAACCUGGAAUCCAGGCGCUUCCAGGUGGUGGACGCCCGCGCCGCCGGCCGCUUCCGCGGCACCGAGCCCGAGCCCCGAGACGGCAUCGAGCCCGGCCACAUCCCCGGCACUGUGAACAUCCCCUUCACGGACUUCCUGACUGGGGAGGGCCUGGAGAAGAGCCCUGAGGAGAUCCAUCACCUGUUCCAGGAGAAGAAAGUGGACCUGUCCCAGCCGCUGGUGGCCACCUGUGGCUCGGGCGUCACGGCCUGCCAUGUGGCCCUGGGGGCCUACCUCUGUGGCAAGCCCGACAUACCUGUCUAUGACGGCUCCUGGGUGGAGUGGUACAUGCGCGCCCAGCCCGAGGACAUCAUUUCCGAGGGCCGGGGGAAGACCCACUGAGGCCGGGCCCGCGCACGCAGGUUGGGCGGUGCCCGGCCACCAGCAGCGCACAGCCUGGUUGUUCCGACUCCGCUUUAACCAACAGAGUGCUUCUGUAGCCAGCUCAAUUGCAUCUGGGGUGACAUCCAGAGGCCAGGAAUUCCAUUGACUUGUGGGCUGCCAGUGGAGCCCGGAGAAGGGGGGGGGCAGGCACGGUGGGGUGGGGGAAGGGGGGCGCAGGGCUCCGAGCUGCCCCUCACUGCCGAGCCGAGGCCCCGCCUCCCUUCCCUUUUACUCUUGAGGAAAUAAAACUGACAAGUGCCAAAUCCUGUA